GAGCCCAUGCGGACCGGACUGACUCAAUGAAGCAAGACAUCAUGGAGGGUCCCCGCUGCAAGAGGCGAAAACAGGCCAACCCCCGGAGGAAGAACGUGUUGAACUAUGAGAACGUGGUGGAGACGAGUUCGGAGACGGACGAAGACGACAGGACGUUGGUGUCUGAGGAGAACGGCCUCGCUAAUGGCGGAGGAGGAAGAGGAGCAGGAGAGGAGGAUGAAGAUGCGGGCAGCCCGGCCAGCGUGCCCACUCUGGAGGCGUCGCCGCGGGUCGCCCACGCUCUGCUAUCCUACGGCGGCCCGGAGGAGUCAGAGGUCAGGGAGAGUCUACACCACGGCUGGAGGCUGCAAGACGACACCAGCGGACACCUGAACGGCACCGAUGACAGGAAGGACGAGUAUGAAGCCGACGGUCCGGAGGCGUCUCUGCACGCGGUGGGAAACGGAACAGCGAAGCGUCUGGACGGCGUCUCCGAGCUCGACGAGUACUUCCUGAAGCGUAAACUGGAGGACGGCGACGGUCACCCGGCAACCAUCGCCGAGUACCUGCAGCGCAGCGACACCGCCAUCAUCUACCCCGAAGCCCCGGAGGAGGUGACGCGGCUGGGAACGCCCGAAGCCUUCGGUCCGGACGAGAGCGAGCAUGACGUGCCGCCGGGCGCCGCCGAUGACUUUGCGGCGCUGCUCACGUGUCCGUACUGCGACCGCGGAUACAAGCGGCUCACGUCUCUGAAGGAGCACAUUAAAUAUCGCCACGAGAAGAACGAGGAGAGCUUCGCCUGCCCGCUGUGCGCCGACAGCUUCGGCCACCGCGCUCAGCUGGAGCGUCACAUGACCACGCACAAGCCGGCCAGAGAUCAGCCGCAGCUGCUGAACGAAGGAGCUGGAAACCGCAAGUUCAAAUGCACCGAGUGUGGAAAAGCCUUCAAAUACAAACAUCACCUGAAGGAGCAUCUGCGCAUUCACAGCGGCGAGAAGCCGUACGAGUGCUCCAACUGUAAGAAGCGCUUCUCCCACUCCGGCUCCUACAGCUCUCACAUCAGCAGCAAGAAAUGCAUCGGACUGAUCGCCGUCAACGGACGAGUACGCAACGGAAACAAGCCCGGCUCCUCCCCGAACUCUACGACCUCAUCGCCUGGAAGCCCCGCCCUCGCACAGCUGCGCCACAAACUGGAAAACGGGCGGCCGCUCGGCCCGCAUGACCAGCAGGGUCAGCUGGACAUCAAAGCCGAGCCCAUAGACUUCAACGAGUACCGGCUGCUGAUGGCCUCUCAGUUUGGGGGAGCGAGCGUCUACAUGAACAAUCGUGGCGGAAGCCCGCUGGGCCUCCAUGGCUCCUCUCAGAGCCCCCUUCAACAUCUGGGCGGGCUGGGGAUAGACCUGCCCCUGCUGGGCUACGGAGGGCAUCUUGGGAACAACCUGAGCGAGGUGCAGAAGGUGCUUCAGAUUGUGGACAACACUGUGUGCAGGCAGAAGAUGGACGGGAACCCAGAGGAGAUCUCCAAGCUCAGGGCCUACAUGAAGGAGCUGGGGGCCCAGAUGGAGGAGCAGAAGCUGGCGCUGUCCGCUCAGCAGGCCGGCUUCCAGCUGGUGGGCCACGGCAGCCCCACUAAGAGUAUCAUCGACUACACGCUGGAGAAGGUCAACGAGGCCAAGAGUCUGAUCGAUGACUCCAAGAGGCAAGUGGACAUCAAACAGGAGAAGAACCACUCUGUGGAUCUCAGUGAGGAGAAAUCCCAUGAUGGCCAGAACCAGAACCAGUUCCUGCCAUUCUCCUGCCAGUUCUGCAAGGAGAGCUUCACUGGGCCGAUCCCGCUGCACCAGCACGAGCGCUACCUGUGCAAGAUGAACGAGGACAUCAAAGCGGUCCUCAAGCCGGCUGAGACCAGUCCCGCGCGCCGCAGGGGGGCGAUGUCCUCUGAGCUGCCCACUAACGAGCGGAGCACCAGCCCCAUCAACCCCUUCAAGGACCACGUGUCAGUGCUCAAGGCCUACUUCGCCAUGAACACUGAGCCCAACUCAGAGGAACUUCUCAAGAUUUCAAUUGCUGUCGGCCUUCCUCAAGAGUUUGUUAAGGAGUGGUUUGCCCAGUGGAAGAGCCAAAACCACCACGGAGGCGGUCUGAGGAAAAAGUCGCCCACUCCUGACCACGGCGGAUCAGACGGAAACCACAGCUUAACCCGGUCACCGUUGUCACAUCCUGCCGUAGAUUUCAUUAAUGGCGACGCCUCCCACAGACUCUCAAUAAACAACCAGUUUACAGCCAACAGGCAGACAACAGGGGACAAACCACUAGACCCCUUGGACCACUUGAGGAACAACACUCCGUCACCCCUCAACCUUUCCUCCACUUCCUCCAAAAACUCUCAGAGUAGCUCUUACACUCCAAACAGCCUAGCCUCUGAGGAUGCCCAUGGGGAUAUACCACUGGAUCUGUCGCUGCCCAAACACAUGGCACAGAGGAAGCGACACAGACCCAACGGCUUCAGCAUUGAUCGCAACGGUGAGCUGCAAGUACAAGACCAGGCGUCCAGGCCUCUGGAUCUGGUCCACAUCAAGAAGGAGAUCCUGGGCGCAGAUGGCGGUGGGAACGCCAUGCACCAGCUGGAGAAAAGCACCAGUCCGAUCUUUGGGAUUAAUCCCUUCACAGGCAGCCCCGUCUACACCUCCCUGCCGACUCACGGAGCUUUCCCUCCGCCUACCUUCAUGUCUCCUGCGCAGGCCACCAUCCCGGGCCUCAGGCCAUACCCGGGCCUCGACCCCAUGAGCUUCCUGCCCCACAUGGCCUACACCUACGCCACCGGGGCGGCCACAUUUGCUGAAAUGCAGCAGAGGAGAAAGUACCAACGGAAACCAGGUUUCCAGGGGGAGCUGCUGGACGGGACGGCGGACUAUCUGUCAGGCCUGGACGACCUGGCAGACAGCGAUUCGCUGCUCUCCAGGAAGAAGAUUAAGAAGACUGAAAGUGGUAUGUACGCGUGUGACUUGUGCGACAAAACAUUCCAGAAGACCAGUUCCCUCCUAAGACACAAAUAUGAGCACACAGGGAAGCGUCCUCACCAGUGUCAGAUCUGUAAGAAGGCCUUCAAACACAAGCACCAUCUCAUCGAGCACUCGCGGCUGCACUCCGGAGAGAAACCCUACCAGUGUGACAAGUGCGGCAAACGCUUCUCCCACUCAGGCUCGUACUCGCAGCACAUGAACCACCGAUACUCGUACUGCAAGAGGGAGGCGGAGGAGCGCGAGGCGGCCGAGAGGGAGGCCAGGGACAAAGGCGGCGGCGGUGGCAGCAGCGUGGCGGCGGGCGGCGGCAUGGAGCCCACCGAGCUGCUGAUGAGGAGGGCCUACCUGCAGGGCCUGGGGCCGCUCGGAUACUCCGACCCCGAGGACCAGCAGGAGGACGCCGGCGGCACGAUCCUGAGAGACGGCAGCGAGGGAAGAGUGAGCGAGAGGGAAGUGGACAAAUCGUACGAGGACGUGACAGACAGACAGGAAGCAAGUUUUAGGGAAGGAGAGGAAGAGGAGGAGGAAGGGGGGGGCGACAGCAGGAGCCAGAUGGACUCGACGAGGGACGACGGCGAGGGCAAAGACACGACGCAGCUGAUGGACGAGAGUUUACGAGAAGGGAAGACAGACGGCAAGUCGGACCAGGAGGACUGAUCCACAAACAGGAAGUGACAAGAAAAAUGCUUUGAGAACUUUGAGAGAUCCUUCAGGGACUGUACACUGAUUAUUAGAGGGGGGGGUCAGUUUAUUCACUCCUACUGUCACUCACCAAAAAUGACUCAUGAAGGUUUCAGCGGAUCGUUUGUCUUCACAUUCAACUGAGAUUACGUUAGUGUGUUGCUAACGUGAUGCUAACGUUAUCUCAGUUCAAGCUAACGUUAUUGUAAAUGUGCCAGAUGUUCCGUAUGACGAGCAGCUGCUGCCAGCGCUGGAACAAGUACUCACAUACUGCAGAUACUUCAUUAUGAGUUAAAGUCCUGCAUGAAAAAUCCUCCGACAGUAAAAGUACACAAGUAGUUAAAGGACUGACGUAUAUUAUUAUAUUAUUAUAUUAUUAUAUGUUUAUUAUUAUAUUAAAUUCACUUAUUUCCACCGCUGGCAGCUAGUUAGCUUAGCAAAGCUAGCCUCUGUCCAAAAGCAGCAAGAACUGAUUCAUACCUUUUAUUUUGUUCCUUUCAUUCGUACAAACUAAAAACACAAGUCCGUUUUAACAUGUUUAUGUAUGUUUGUGUAGCAUAACGGGAGCUUAGAGGAACGGGCGCGUAGAGUAACGGGAGCUUAGAGUAGUGGACGUUUAGAGUAA